AUGUCGGACCCUACUCUUUCACCAGAAGCGUCCAAAAAGAUCAAUGAGAUCUCGCAAGAGCUCAAAACAGCACUUCAUCAGUAUCCGAAUUUUCCCAAAGAUGGAAUUCUUUUCGUCGAUUUCCUCCCAAUUUUCCGUAUUCCAAAUCUGUUCAACAAGCUAGUCUUGGCUUUCAAAACUUAUGUUGAUGAGAAAUUCAAGGGAGAGACGAUAGACUAUGUUGUUGGAUUAGAAUCUAGAGGUUUUCUAUUUGGACCAACGUUAGCAUUGGCACUUAAUGCAGGCUUUGUUCCUGUCAGAAAGAGAGGAAAGCUCCCCGGAGAAGUCUACGAGGCGAAAUAUACAAAAGAGUAUGGUGAUGAUUACUUCGAAAUACAAAAAGAAGCCAUUCCUGAGGGCUCUACAGUUUUAAUUGUGGAUGACAUCCUUGCCACGGGAGGCUCGGCCGAAGCUGCUGGAAAGUUGGUUCUAGACUGUGAUGCCACUCUUCUUGGAUUUUUGUUUGUGAUGGAAUUGGAUUUCUUGAAGGGAAGAAAUAGAUUGCAGGCUGAUUCAUUCACUCUUUUAUGUGGCCAGCCCAAAUCUUUGGGCUCAGUGCACGAAACAAAUUCUCAGGAGUGA